AUGGAGGAGUUCAAUGAUUUUAUUGAACAUUAUGGCCUGCGAGAUAUGAAGUCGUAUGGUAGCAAUUUUUCUUGGUGUAAUGGCCAGGUUGGCUUGGCUAAAAGCUGGUCAAAAUUAGACAGAUGUUUGAUGAACUCGAUAGCAGUUGAGAAUUUACCAAAUGCUAUUUUAAACUAUUUGCCAAGGACAUCUUCAAAUCAUACGCCCAUGGUCAUUGAGCUAAAACCGAAUGAAUCUCGGUAUGGUCCAUCUUCAUUUACAUUCCAACAAAUGUGGAUGUCCCAUGAUGGAUUCAGAGAUAUGGUUAAAGAGGUUUGGCAGGAACAACAUACAGAAGCUGGUCUAUUGUGUUUAACUAGAAAACAAAAAAGGUUGAAAGUGGCUCUCAAAGAAUGGAAUACACGGGUAUUUAGAAGAACAGAACACCAGAUCAAAAGCCUGGAGCUGACCAUAGAAAGAUUGGAACACCAACUUCAGCAACAAUUUUUUGAGGAGGUAAAGGCAAAGUUGCUGGUUGCGAGAGAGGAGUUGGCAGUGUGGGUUCAGUGGGGAAGCUUGAGGCCAGUUCUUCAAGUGCUUUGCUUCGAGGUUAAAACCAGUGAUACAGGAAAUGAGGGUGAGAGAUGGACGUACUUUGAAAACACUGGAAGAAUCCACUUGGGAGCAAUGGAAUAUUUCCAGGAAAAUCAGCUGCUAAUGCAGCUUCCUUCAAUCCAAGAGAUAAAAGAGGCUAUGUUUUCGAUCCAGAUCGAUAGUAGUCCGGGCCCUGAUGGAUUGGAUUGGGUUUUUACCAGUCGUGCUGGGAUAUUGUAG